UUAGCUCAGAUCAAAACAAACGAACCUCAACUGAAAAUUGAAGUACGACAUCAUAAGCUCAAAGAUUGCUAUGCACUCUACCUUACGGCUGGUUACAAAAGUUUAUUGAAAGGAGCCGAGCUGUGCCAUAUCAAGAAACCGGUGAAAAGUCGUUUCGGUGGAGGUCUCCGAGAAUUCUCCUUCGAAGAGGCUCAAUGCUUUUCGGGCAUUGAAGGACGCAAUACGUUUCUUACCGACACAGAACGAGCUCUCAUCGUGAAACAGAUUGUGGACAUGAUGCGAGCGCCAGCCGGUGGGCUCACUCUUGACCUGCCAACAAGGACGAUUAGAAUACGAGAAGGAAUGGCGAUUGGUGAGCAACCUGUAGACGAAAUUCGGGAUUAUUUUGGUACCGAGAUUGCAAUGUAUUUUUCAUGGCUUGGUCACAUGACUACAGCUCUCUGGUUUCCAGCUCUGCUAGGUCUUUUCAUGUAUUUCUUCACCACGUUCAAAUACAAAAGCUCGAUAGGGAAAGAAGACAAAGCGGAUUCUUUCCAGGUUCGGAAUUUUUUUAAUUGCUCUGGUUUUUAG